AUGGCUCACGUUACAGUUGACUGGAAUCCACUUGGAAAGGUAUUUUAUAGGUAAGUGGUUCUUUUCAGAUCAGACUGUCUCCAAGUUCUGGCUCGGCCCAUAUAAUUAUAAAAUGCUACCUAUUAUUGUUUUAUUAUUCAUUCAAAAUAUUUCCUCCAAGCUGAAGACAUCCUUACCUUUAUGUAAAGUUCCAGUAGUCAAACAUCUGCCUGUUUUUUGCCAGUCCCAGAUUAUGAGGGGAUAUAAUAUUCUUGCUGAUAUUCUUCAAAUGGUAGUUUUCAGUGUCUUUUUGUGUUAUUUCAAAGUUUUUGAGGGAGAAGUUCAGGAAAUUUAAUGAGGUUAAAUAUAGUUACUUAACUUAGUUAACGAUGAGGAGCUCCAGUAGCUUCUCAGUAGUUAGCUUGGCAUUAGCGUGGCAAUGGUGUGGCGUGUCGUUGACGUUUGUUAGGGUUUUAUAUUGGUACGCUUUGGCGAGCUGGCAGUUAUCCUAUGCUCUUUUGUUUUCUCCGGGGUUCAUGUUACUGUACUAGGCCCGUUGCAGGAUAAUUUCCAGUGCCCCCUGUGUCAGUGGUUUCCAUUGCGUUUUAUGCGUCUGCGUUUGCAAUGAUGUGCUCGUAGUUUUAAAGUGCAUGGUGUUCAGGGCGUUUUGGUCAGUGUUGCUCAGUUUUAGUGUUUUUUCCCCUUCCUCCUUACCCCUUAUUAUUAUUUAUUAGUAUUAUUGUGGUCCUUAUUUCUCCACUGAACUCUCAGUUCAGUGUGAUGGGUGCUUGGGCUGGGGCUGGCUGUUGCUGACGGGACUCGUGGCUGGGUUGCAGGUAAGGCAGGCUUUUAGGGUGUUCUUGCUUGAGGCAUUAAUCUACCCAUAACAUGUGAAAUCUUCUACCAUUUACUCUUGGUCUUCAACACCAAAACAGCCAAACCAUCACUCUGCUUCUUUGUUUGAUUUCUGUGCAUCCUUUUCCACUUUGGAGGUGUGUCUGACAGAAUGGUUAACACCUUGAACUCCGGAUCUGGAGGUCCAGGGUUCAAUCCUUUUUGAAUGGUUUCAAUCCGUUUCGAAUGGUUUCCUUUGACAAGGACCUUUACACCACUUUGCCUCUCUUCACCCAGGUGUAUUUAACAAUAUUAUUCCUCGAGCCUGAAUAGGCUGUGAGUCAAUAGCGCAUGAGGCCAAAGGCCGAAUGGGCUGUUGACUCAGAGGCCAUGAGGGCGAGAGGAAUAAUUGUUUUAGUAAAAUCCGACUAGUUGGUCAAAACUAUCAAGACAAAAUAACUUUAGCUAGUAUAACGCGAUUCAGUCGCCAUCGUUUUGGUUUUCAAAGCCGGCGCUUUCUGCUACUAGUGGGCUAUAACAUAAAGCCUAGUAGAAGCUCAACCAAUCAGAAUGCAGCAUUGAUCAUAGACCACUAGUUGGAUUUUACUAAAAAUGGAUACCCGCAAAAUACUGCUAGGGGGUAACCCUCCGAUGGACUAGCAUCCCAUCUAGGGGGGAACAGGGAAUGGCAAGACUCCUAUAGUUAUCCUUCAUGGUAAGGAAGCUGGGAUAAGCUCCAGCCUUUUUGGGCCUUUGGCUUGCGUGUACCUGUAAUCUUUUUUUUACCUUUUCCAGUCUGAGACUUUACUUUUGACAUCAGCCUUUAAAUCAAAGCAAACAUCAUUCAAUUUUGGCAAAUAACCAACAGGCUCAGGAAAGAAAUACCGGGGCAGCCAUGGAAUUUAAGCCAAUCAGUCAGGGAUGGAGGAAUAUUUUAAAUGUACACGCUGUAGCUAUAAUUGAAUUACAGCAGAAGUUUUCUUCGCAAAAUGUGUUUGUCUUGAACAGGAAAGUAGAGCUGUACAGUAUGGAGUGGCAAGAUGCUGUGGAUCUAUCCCGGUUUAUUGUGAGUGCAGCACCUUUUGGUGGUCCAAUAGGUAAGUACAUCAGACUUCUUCUAAGUGUCAUUUAACUUGUACAGGGAGUACAAGUUUCAUUUCCCUCAUUAUUGUAGGGUAAAUAGGACUCACCAUGGUAAACGUUUAAGAGCCAGAAUCAAAGAAAUGUUCUUAACAGCACUGUAAGUUCCGGCGUUAAUUUGUAAGUUACAGUACCGUUCAAAAGUAAGUUGACAGUCCAUUGCGAGUCUCGAUUCUCUACUCAAUUCACCAUUCUCGAUUCCUGCGCGAAUUGAGAAUCGAGAAUCGAAAACAAGCUAUCGAGAAUCGAGUCGAGAAUCGAGUCUCACAGGACAGAAAACAAAAGAUUCACCCAUGACUGAUUUCUCUAAUUUUACAAUUUUGCAGUAUGGUUACAUUCCCACAAGCGACUGUAUGCGUGAAACAAGACCAAUUCAAAUUAUAAAGCGAAUGUUUCUUCAAGGGCAUCUAUAUCAAGCUUCAUUUUCUCAACUAAAGUUUCAAAUACCUGCUCCAAAUGCAAACAAACAGCACGUUUAUUUUGUAACGUCAAACGAUUCUGGGCUUAAUCGGCCGCUUGGCUUGAUAAAGAUCAGCUGUAACAUACACGUCCAUCCGUAACAUGACUAAUCUUUUGCUCUGAAAUAGUGUUCAUGAUCCUUGAAAACUUUCGAGAAACAAUGGUUUUGAUUCUACUUUUAAUUUAGCGCUUUCUUAGUUUGAGAUAAUCGCUCGUAAAAUUGGGCCUGCUUUUUUCCGUGAUGGAACAGGAUACGAGUGAACUUUUUCGUUGCCUAGCAGGUGACUGCAGCUACCCGUGAUGAAAAAUUGCGCAAGUGGUUUGUAUUAUACGCUACUAAAAAUUGUUUUCAAAGCUCUUGGAGGUUUCUGAAGUUUUCUGGCAUGUAUAUUCAAAUCGAAACUUUCAUGUACGCAAUCACGUCCCACAAAAACAGCAAUUCUGGUCAAGAGGUCAAGUUACAAGCAGAAUUAAUUACAAGUAAAGUUUCCAGCAAAAAAACACCCUAA